CACACACACACACACACGCGCACACACAGUAAUCUCUGGAGGGUUCUUUCCUCCCACUGGCUCCCUGUGACUGUGGCGUCGGCUCCAGAAUGAAGACGCGGUUCUGCAGAAGGUAUUUCCCUCCGUGUGUCUCUCCUGGAGCUGGAAUGCGAUAAAGUGAAAAGAGGAAAGAAGAGGUUUUUAUUUAAUCUUCAGACGCCACAAGCUCUCGGAUGUUCCCGGAGGAGCUGUGAUGGACCGGCCACCCGUCGAUACCCAUCAGCUGGAGGACAGGUCUGAAGGAAACCAGCGAGGAAGAGCGCGCAUCAUUUAUUUGAUUUGAGGUGAGAGAAGCUGUGGACAGCAGAAGAUGCUUUUACGCACAUAGCCACGCGUUAUUUUUUUUAACUCCCGCAGGAAUGCACGGAAGCUUUGCGCACUUUUGUAAACCUCCAAAGACGCGCAGCAGGCGGACAGCGGUGUAAACAAACCCCUCCCUCCUCCGAACGGUGCCUUGCACGACUUCCACACUGCCUCCAUGUGAGCAGCGGUGCCACCUGUGCUGCUGAUGUGAGCACCGUGCGCACGCAGCGGCAAACAUCUGGCUCCAGUUGUGUGCGCGCAAACAGCGGAUGGUUUCACACGGAUGAGUAAAGAAGCAGCCCGGGACCGAGAGAGCUUUGAUCUACAGAGACAUGUAGUUUUGGAAUCUGAAGAAUAAAACACUGACACAGAUUUUGAGGCAAAACCCAGAAGGAUAAUUGUUCUAACAAAGCCAAAGACAGGAGCAAGAGGAGGAUCCACACAUGCUUCCAUUUGUCAAUUCCAUUUUAUUUUGGCUCAGGUCAAGUUUCCAGUCAGGGGAAGGGUCAGCGAGUGCAGCUGGAUGUUUCCUCACACAUGCAGCAUUUUGACAUUUGAACAGACUUUUUGAAACUGCACAAUCACCUGCAGGCGUCUUCCAUCUUCCAGCACCAACUCCCUCGGACACCUCAACAUCCGAGUUAAAUCAGAUCUCAGUCUAAUUUUGGCUUUAAAGUGUUGCUCACUGACUUGUCUGCCAGUCAGGAUACUGGCAUCACCUAGAGCAAACAGCCUCAUUGUGCAGGAGGCCUGGGGGGGGGGUGUGCCACCGAGUAUAAAUAGUUGAACAAAGAGGCCGAAACCCGAAACUCUGAGUGAUUCCUCCCUCUGGUAACUCUAAACCCUCACACACUCACAGACUCGACCACAGAGAGAGAGAUAGAGCCCGGGAUGUGAAGAGCGAUCGUCCACCCUCCUGUAGACGUGCUUGAGAAGAUCAGACCAGCAAGAGGACCCACCCACCCCUUCCUCCUGCCUUUGGAUCAGCUGAAAAGAAGAAGAAGAAGAAGAAGAACCCAAGUGGACCACACCCAGAGCCCCAACAGCAUCAGGCAGGAGCCUCCUCCUCUCACUUCUCAGACUUUUUACCCGCGACAAGGACGGCUUGUGUAUCUUUCUGCUCAUCAGGAGAACUGGAAUAUCUGCUUUGUCUGCCUGUGUGUGUCAUAUUUCUCAGUGUGUGUGUGUGUCUGUGUGUGUUUUGACGCCACUAAGAGCUGCCACCAGUCCUAUGUCUCCUGCCAGGAUGUCUGCAGGACCAGAGCUGCUGCUGCUACCUCUGGUCCUCCUGGUGCUCCAAGCAUCUCGGUGCCAUGGAGCCUGCGUGGAGGUGGACUCGGACACAGAGGCCGUGGCCAAUGAGGGCUUCAAACUGGGCUGCAUCUCCUGCAAGAUGAGGGGCGAGGUGCAGGCCAGUGCCUCCGUCAACUGGUACUUCAAGGCUUCAGAUGAGACCGAGUUCUCCCAUCUUUACAGCUACGUAAACCAAGUGGCCGAAAUCAUCGACCCGCGUUUCUACAGGCGUCUGGGCUGGAACGGCAGCAAGCUCACCAGCGACCUGCAGGACGGCUCCCUCUUCAUCCUCAACGUGACCUACAACGACACGGGGACCUUCCGCUGCGUAUUCAACCGCACCCUCAAGUACUCCAACUACGAGUAUCCAACCAACACCAACAAGAACAUCACCAUUACCGUGGUGCCGCAAUUCACCAGGGGACUGGCAUCCAUCUUGUCCGAGGUGAUGAUGUACGUCACCAUCAUCGGGCUGCAGUUCUGGCUGCUGGUUGAGAUGAUUUACUGCUACAGGAAGAUCUCAGUGGCCGGAGAGGAAGCUCUGAGGGAGAGCGCGGCGGAGUAUUUAGCCAUAGCAUCGGAAAGUAAAGAUAACUGUGCAAGUGUACAAGUGGCAGAAUAGCACUGGUCAAGAAACAAUUCAAGACAACUUCCUCGAGGAAUCUCACCGCCAUUCUUUUUGCUCCACCUUCUCUCCUCUCACCGUCCCUCACCACCGCCCUCCAUGCUCUCUCCACACGACGGGAAAAUGGAACCACAGAGAGGCGACAGAUCUCCACAGAGCGGUUCUUUAAAGUGACUUCCAACCAGAAGAAUGAGAAAGACUGAGCUGUGUCCUGUUGUGAGGGACAGGGUGGACGCAUCAGGUGGUGGUUCGACAGUACAGAGAGAGAGAGAGACCUGUACUGUAUAUACGUGUAUAGUCUGCACAGAUAAUCCUUGAACACAUGUAGAAUGAACUGUAGGCCGACAUUGUAUAUUCACUAUUUGCAUGCUAAUGAGAUUAUUGUGUGUUGACAUCAGGGUUCUAUCGAUAAGGUUUUCAUCUAUAAGUCCAUUUUUCAAUGAAUCAACUUCAAAAAUGAGACUCUGGAAUCUAUUUAUUUUACUUUUAAAACACGAUAAGAUGAGGUCCACAGCUCAUUUUUAGUCCGAAUGUUCAGUGUUUCAUUUCACAAGGAUGAAAGCAUCAAGUAUCAGAUAUCCACCCCCC